ACACCCUGGAAACCUAAAUAGCCAAGAAAUGUUGUCAGUUGCUUUGGAGAUCUUGAAGUGUUUUAAAAGACCGUCUCUUAGACUGCUGUCUUUAAAGUGAAGCCUGUUUUGGUUACUUCAGUGCCAUCAUUUGGGCUGAGCAGGAUAGCUGGAUAUCAUAUUAGGCGCUGAGUCCUUCUGCCAUUUGUAAUCAAAAUGAAACAGUAAUUGAAGGCACUGUCUGCAAUUUGAAUUUUAAAAAAAAUGCUGGAAAUGAAGCAGGAGAAAUCCCAUGAAAAAUGAAACAAGACUUGGAAGGUGAGAAAUGUGGGGGCUGUGCAUGGCAUCUUUGCGCAGCAAGAUGCUGGUAGGUGUAUGCUUAAGGCUGAUUGGUAUUCAGCGGGCUGGGAUGGGCUGGCAGUUUGUCUGUGAAGAAAUGCAAGUCUCUUGUGUGUGGCUCAGAUAUGGAUGGUGCCUUCAGGAUGAGCAGCAGGAGAGUCUCUUGCAGUGCCACAAGGGCUGGUGACUUCCCCAGUUGGAAUUGCCUCUUUGUUGAAUGCUGGCUUUGCACAAAGUGCUGCUGCUGGCUUAGGGUUGGGCCAGAGGAUAGGUGAGGAAAUGCUCAUCUCUUAGAGUGGAGAAUGAGACCAGGAUGGCAAGUAGUAAAUGUAUUUUCCUAAUCACUUAAAGAACCAGAAUGAGUUAAUUUUUAUUCUGUCAACUGCAUGUUAUACAAAUAAACGAGCAUUUAUUUUUAAAUACUUUGAAUGUAAAACUUGAGUGUGUUCUAAUUAUUUUUGGCAUCUGCAAGCAGUGAUUUACAUAAUUAAAUAUAAUGCUGAAAUCUCUAAUUCAGUGAUCAGCUGGCAGUUAUUAGUGUCAGAUCUAAAAAGUAGCUUCAUAUGUAUUGUUAGCAAAAAUUGAAGACAAAAGGCCCAUUCUCAAUUUUCUUGUUUUGCUGGUCAUUAUUGUAUAAGAGAUGAAAAUAGAUGGGAAUGGUUUCCUUGCACUUCUAAGACAGUAUUGUCACAUACAGGAAAUGUAGAUUUACUUACUUUUGUACUGUGUCAGGGGGUGUACUUAUUAAUUAUUGCCUUGCAACUUCAUUUGAAAACACUUGGGUUCUGAUAUUGUAUAACCUUAUUGGUCCAAUUCAUAGACUUUUAUUUCUUUGGCUGUAGAACAUCAAGAUUUAAGAAACUGGCAUUGAAUUUGCCUUUGUCCUCGUGAGAGCUGUCUUGUCACUUAAAUAGUGCUCUUCAAGUGUUUAAAACUAUAGCGCAGUGCUCUUCAGUUUUCUGAAACCAUAGUGUACAUCCCCUUUGCCUUAACAUUGGGAUCCAUCCAUCCUGUUGAACUGCAACUUGCACUUGCCAACACUGGAAGCCUGAAAGCUGUGCAAAGCUUUGGGAGUUGAGCUGCCAGCCAUGGGAGAAAGCUCCUGUCUUCCCACGUGCCUCUUUAGAUGUUGAAGCCAGUCAGCCACGAGCUGUUUCUUAAGAGAAAACCUUGAGUACGGUUUUCAGUACCCAUGGUAUGAGUAUUGCCCACACCAGAAUGAAUGUGCUUAACGAGUGGAUGGGUUGAGGGAAGAAGGAAACAAAGCUGUACCUGCCAGACACAAGUGGAACAAAGCCUAGUUUGUGUUGCCAUGUUUAAAAGUUGAAUUUCUGAAUUAAUAACAGUUGUUUAGACACUCAAGAAACUAUCUUCUUAGCUUACUUGCAGCAUCCAAGGUUUACUUUGAGGAUUUACACUGCUGGCUAAACUGGGUUAGUUCUGUGGUGUGCAAAUUUCAAUGGUGCCAUUCUCUACAAAAUAAUAGAGUGGCAGACAUCUUCAGAAACUUAACGCAUAUCUAUGUGUGUGUCCAUAAAGAUAUUAUAUACACAUACAUCUCUAGAUGGGAUUUUCAGCAAUAUUUUCAGUAUUUUUUUAUAGAUUUGAGUUUGACACAAAUGAUGAUAUGUAUUUUUUGUCUAAUUGUAGAAUGCUUUCAAAGUUUAUUGUAAUGAGGAGUGAUAUUCUCCAUUUAUUCCAGCUUGAAAAAAAGAUGUUGGCCUUGGCCAUGCACUGACUUCAUGGAACGCUACAACCUGAUCUAGUGCUAAAGCACUUCACUGGAACUGCUCCUGUGAAUUAAAUAUUUUGAAAUCAAUUUUGUCUCAAAGAUGUAUGGUUUUGUAUUUGUAUGGGAGGGGCAGUUCAAAGUAUCUUAAAUAUGACAGAGGCUGAAAGCUAACUGGUACAUGUUGAGAAGUAACCUUGUCAUGUCUUAACCUACAGCUGAGUGGGUUCUCAAAGGCUUGGAGCUCCUGCUUCUUGAAAACUGCUUGGAAGCUGAUCCCUUGGUCAGAUGGAUUAUGUUGCUGAGUAACCAGGAAAGCUGAGUUCAGCUGCUCCAGAUUAGGCCAGAGUUUCAAGUUACAAAGCAGUGGGCAGCAAGAUGAAGUCUGGCUAUUCUACCACUUCUGGGUGACAUGUUGUCUUCCUUGGUUUGCAUUGACAGUAGAAGAGGGGAAGGCUGUCUGUAAAAGGGUUUGGGAGCUGACUGAGCCUGAGAAGUGAAAUUAACUUCCAUAGGUGUUUUGGGGUGGUUUCCUGGAUUGUUUGCAGGGCUUUCUGUGGCCAGGAGUAUUUCCUUGUUACUCAGCUGGGUGCAAGAUAUACCCCUUUUAUGGUACCUAAGUCCUGUCAGAUGUGCUUUGCAGAAACAUAGUAAAGCUCAGGAGGAGAUGCAGAGUUACAGGUGACACCAGUGCUUGUUGACGUGAGGAAAUGUGUAACUGCUAAAGUGCUGCAGUGGCACGGGGCUGCCGUGCCUGAUAUGAGCACUUUAGGCUAAGAACAGAACAAAGUACUUGAAAUAGUUGGAGGAAAGGACUUCUGAUUCAGUAUAACAAGAAGUUGCUUAAAUAUGUGAAUUUCAUGUAAGGGAUAAUUUGUGGAAUAAUGGAAUUUGAAUUGUGAGUUAAGGCAAAACCUUUCCUGAUAAAGGCUGAUCUCCCUAUUGCCAUAUACCUUAAAAUUGUAAGAUCUCAAACAUCACUUACAGAAAUCACUUUGAAAUAUUGUAAAAUGUAUGCGUAUAUUAUUUAUUCAUUGUUCAUCUUUUGAAUGCCAGGGAAGUUGCACUGACUGAUACCUUAAUAUUGCGUCAGUGCUUUGAUCAGUGAUCCAUGCAUAACGUUAGGAGUGCCAUUUCAGACUUCAACGUUGUAUGGGCAAAACACAUUUUUCUAGGUUGCUUUCAAGAUGCUAUGCUCAAGUUCCCCAUCCCUUAGGUAAAUACACUGCUAGUUAUUAUGCCAUUUCUUUGCUUCUCUGCCACUUUAUUCAUUUCAGCUAAAUCUUUUUAUACCAGACAUAAUUGAGCACACUGCUUUUUAGUUUUAUGGAAAGUAAUUCAUUAGAGGUAUUUGAAUUUCAGUUGAUCUGAAAUGGGGUAGCUGGAGACGUAUGUUCCUGUCCCAGUUUGUGUUGACCUUUGUAUGGUUGCAUAGCCGUCAGCUUCCUGAACUCAGUGCCCCAGGGAAAGGGGGAAGAACAAAGUCUGACAAGUGUUUUUUCCACUACUAUAUAAUAAUUUGGGGAAUGAUUGCAGUAAAGAUGAGAAUUACAAGCAGGCAGUCUAUGGAGAAUGUUGUCAGGAAGGCAAAAGUAUAUCACUUACUAAAUGCUAUCUGCAUGGCAUUGCUGUAGCAGGUUGCAAAGGUCUGCUGCAUUUUUUCAACUUUCUGGAGUCCAGAGUGAGAUGUUCUGGGGUAAGGAUACCAUGGCAGCCUACCAUAAGGAUACCAUAGCCUCAGAAGAACUGAGAAACUAUUUCAGAGCUACUGAAACGAGGCAAGGAUUCUUCAAAUAAUUAAAAAGUAUCAGAUGAAGGAAGUCUCCAACUAUAAUACCAGGUUGAAAUGUGCUCUCUAACUUGAAAUGUGUACUUUCUACGUGCAGGGAGAAUCCUGUAAGUAUGAUACAAGUGUCUAUUUUAAUGUUCGAUAGCAUAUGUAAGAGAUGCUUUUCCUUGCUUCUCAGUAACAUUCUUGUGUUGGAGCACUCCAAUUCGUUCCCUCAUAUUUCUGAGGAAGCUCUUGAGUGAAAAAACAAGUGGAGGUCAGGUUUCUGGGGGAAAAUAGUCAAAUAUUUCCUGUUUGUUUCUACCCCGAGCAUCUGGUGAUGGCCACAUUUAAAUAGAUGAUAGGGUUUGGCUGACCCUUAUGGCUGUAUUUGGCUUCAGUCACCUUUGACUCUUCCAAGUAAUUGUAGCUGGCAGAAUGGCCCCAUAGCCUGGACUUUUCCAUGAUGCGUAUGCUAGGUUAGAUUAUGUUAAUUUCUAACAAAGUGAGUCCUGAUGUUUUCUUACAAUAGAAUUGGAAACUUUUCCUUCAGAAAUAUAUUUCCAGCAGUUCUGAGAACAUAACCUACUCUCUUUCCUCUAAGAGCAUUUUGAAAUUGUUAUGUACCUGAGAGGUACCUCUUGUCCUUCCAGUUUUUCCCUCUACUUGAUCAAUUUAAAACCUCUGCAGUUUUUCAUGUGUACUCAGCUUCAUGAUCUGUGUUCCUUUUCUACGUGUCUGCCUUAUCCUUACCUUAUCCAUGCUAUCCAUGGGUUGUGGCUGUGUGCCCAAGCUGUGUGCUUUGGGCUGGUGCUGCACAUGCUCAGUGUGUGUUUGGAGUCAAGGGAUUGACUCGUUUUUUCCCUCCUGAAAGUUGUUCCUUUUAAACUGUCAGUUCUAUUGCAUAUAGAAUGAAUAAGGGGCUAGCAUAGCUGUUUCUGUCAGGCAAUUGAAAUACAAGUUGGACAUACAGGUUUGGUGUGAGUAAUGGGAGAAAAUGGGGUGUGCAGUGAGGAAGAGAAGAACGGACGUGGUUAGACUGGAAGGAAAGAGCCUACAGAGACAUGGCAACUUCUCUGGAACCCUUUCAUCUGCAAGUAUGUUUCUUGUUUUUUCUUUCUUGCAACAAAUAAAUCCAAAAAAUGUGCAUCUUCUGGUCUGUUUAUACUAUCUUCUGCCACUUCCUCUUCCAUCACUUCAAGUCAUCGGAAAUUGUGCUUUGAAGUCAAGGAAUCCAGCUGUGAUAGCUUGCUUGUUAUGUCUAGAAACCUUCAGCCUUACCCUUGGUUCAUUGUUUUUACUGUUAGCUAUUUUUAAUCCAAUUACUUCUGUAAGUUAUAAUGCUCCACAGUCAAAGAAGACACAAAGCCGUGGUACUCAGUAAAAAUGUAAGGAGAAAUAGCUUGGGGUUGUCAUCUGUAUUACUCUGGGCAGUUGGCUGUUUUAAUCUUAUGGAAUAUAUAUGGCUCCUAACUUCCACAUGUUUCUUCAGACUCGAGGACAUUAAGCAGGCCAAAACUUUGUCAUCUUCUGGAAACUUUCAAUUGUUUAUCUGGAAGUUUAACAUUUAUAGUGGGCAAGUCCCAUGAUGCCACAUGCUCUGUAGUUACCUUUGGUUUUUUGGUUAACCAUCUCUUGGUUAAGCAUACUGAUAGCUGCUUAUUACAAGUAGGCUGGCAAGCAGUUUCUCUUCCUUGCUAUGCGCAAAGGUCAUUGCUAUUCCUGGACUUGAAAACAAGGUAAAAACUUAAGUUAGUAAGACCUAGUGGAAGAAUCCUUCAUUUUUCUUCUCUUCGUUGAAUUUUGCAGCUCUGCUGCCUGACUUGGCAGAUAAAAAACAAUAGUUUUACCUUAGUCUUUGGUAUAAGGUAACCCUAAUGGUAUAACCAGGCAAGCAGAUCAGAUGCCAUUGCUCUUUUAAAGAAAAGAAACAAUUGUCUAAUAAAGCUUUGAGAGACAUGAGAGAGGCUGUGAUCGCUGGCAAGUAAUAUGAUAAAAAGUAAUCUCGAUCCUUUGAGAUACAGGAGCCUUCCUUUGUAUUCAGAGGUACAGGACGCAGAUUUCUCUGCAGAGGAACUUCUUAGUAGUACAUACAAGGUGAAAUUUGGUGUUCACAGUUCACACAUUUGGUGUUGUGUUAGAUUGUGCAGUCCUUACUUUCAGCAGAGUAUUGCUGUCUGCCUGAAGAUUAUCCUACUCAAGAGGCAGGAUGUUCAGGUGACCUGGAUCUGUUCCCCUGUUUUGCACCUCUUACGUUGAAGGAAAAUUAAUUGAUGGUUCUUUGCUGCCAGUCUUGCACCUUUUCUGCCAAGUGAGUGCAUUUUGAAGCAGCCAGAGCUUUCUGGUGCAUUCGUUAAGUGAUCUGUGUAGUCCUUCCACUACUGCGGAGUCUGUCUUUGACCAGUUACAGGUUGAAAUACCUGAAAAUUAAACCCUAUGUGGAAUCAAAAACCAACUAGGCUAGUAAGUGCAGGAGGUGUGGAGUGCUUUUUAGCCUUACCAUUCAAUCUUAAAAUUGGUAGUAAGCAACUCUCAAUGUGUAGAAACUCACUACCACAGAGUAUGUUGUUGCUAGCAUCCCCCAGGGUGGGUGUUUCUGGUGGGAAGGAGAAGUUGUGUGUUUGAAAGUCUCAGGGAUGUAAUUCAGUGUGGUCCCUUAGAUUAAGAUCAUAAAAGCAGUGGGAUAACAGGAAGCACAGAAGCAAUGGUGGAAAGGUUAGUAGGGAGUUGGGAAUUUGCCAAAAUGUACUCUUAGGCAGUUGCACUUCUGAGUAUAUGUACAGCUCUGAAGCCUGUCAAGUAGAGUGGUGUAUUUAACGUUAUUACAUGCUAGAUGCAUUUGCUUCUGCUUUUUAAAGGGUAAUUUAAAGUGAAUAGGUAUACAAACCCAGCCCAACAAACUAUUGAUUGGGUUAGCAGUAGUCAACAACUACAUAUAAAGGCAUAAAACAUUCCUGGCUUUAUGCCGUGCUGCCAGUAUAAGCAACCCGAUUUAUCCCUUAAUAGUAAUUAAGAAUUUUAUGUCUAGCUUAAACUAAACGAGUGCUGAUUAAAACCAUUCUAUUAAGCUGGGAAUGAUUUAAUAUGAGAUAAUCAUCCUUUUGUUCAUCACAGUUGCUAGCUUUCACAUGACUGCAGUGAGCGCGAGUUUGAUGAGCAGAAAAUAACAUGUAGUGCUUGUAUGCAUCCCAUAGAUGUAUACAAACUCAACAUUUACAGUUGGGCUUUAAGCAAUGUCACCAUCCUCUUUGUAGUGAUAUAAGCAUUCCACCUAUGUGUUUAAGAACCUGCUUACAGCUACAGGCAACAGAGCUGUGUACCUGUUAGUAUCAAAGGAUACUAGUCAACAAAGACCUGAUAAAGAUCGAGAUCAAUGUUCCUUUUGCUGACUGUUACUAGAUAAGGUAAACAAGUAAAAUAUUUGAGUUGACUGAAAAUCCAAGCACAUAAAUCAGGUAUUAAGAAUGACUUUUGUACUAAAUGAUGGUCUCUGUUGUGUUCCUGAUUUAGCAUAGAAAGAAAUGAAAGGAACUGGUACAGUAGAGAAUCCUGAAGAGCUGAACAGCUCUUGCAAUUAAUAUUACAGUCAGCAGAUAUUUGUCACAGGGCUUACCUAGGUAUGCUUCAAUGUGUACCUAUGUUAUGUUUGCAAAGAUGGUCAUAAUUACACUGUCCAGUUUUUGUAGGUGAACCUGCACUGUAUUUCUUGAGUGCUGAAGGGACACAGUAUAGCUGUCAUACAUAUUACUGUUGCACUUGUGACAGAAUUGUUGUUCCUCUUAAUGAAUUGAACAGGACGUGAAUGCAGAGGCAGUUAGUGGGGGCAGAGCUGUCCUUUGAGUCAUUUGCCAGCAGGCAACAGGUAAACAUUUCAACUAAGGUUCUUGUUGCAAAUCUUGUCACAGGUUUUCAAGACCCAAGUAUUGGUCUGGUCCCAAGUAUUGAUCCUUGAACACUUGUCCUAUAACUUCAGUGUAGUGUCAGUGUAAGUGUUGCCUGGAACAUGCAGUGUUCGUCUAGGCACAGUGAUGAUGAUGGAGCAUGCCUUAGAAGCAGUGCUAUUCAUUUUUGUGUAGUCUUGAAUCAAGAUAUCACUUUUGUAUUUCUCUGCUGUAGAUUAAUCUAGAAGCAAAGCAUCCUCACCCUUAGUAUUUUGUGCAGGUACCUGAACAUGCUGUCAACUCUGAGCAGUGGUUAGUAAAUUGGUGCUGUUAGUAAGCAGUAGCCGAUACCCAGAUCAGUGGAUUGUUCCAGGUGGAGGAAUGGAACCAGAAGAGGAACCUGGAGGAGCAGCUGUCAGAGAAGUGUAUGAAGAGGCUGGCGUAAAGGGAAAGCUAGGCAGACUGCUCGGGAUAUUUGAGCAGAACCAGGAUCGGAAGCAUAGGACGUACGUUUAUGUUCUUACUGUCACAGAAAUACUGGAAGACUGGGAGGAUUCUGUAAAUAUAGGAAGGAAAAGAGAAUGGUUUAAAGUAGAAGACGCAAUCAAGGUCCUUCAGUGCCACAAGCCUGUUCACGCAGAGUACUUGGAAAAACUGAAACUGAGCUGUUCCCCUACGAAUGGAAACUCUGUGGUUCCCCCUCUCCCAGAUAAUAACUCCCUGUAUGUCACUUCUGCACAGACUUCUGGGUUGCCCUCUACUGUGAGAUAAACGUUUGGAUUACCUUUUUAUUCACGCCACCGCAAGGGGAGACAUCUUUGAUUACACACAGGCACCCGUAUAACUGUCAGUUCUAAGUGAAAUAUGUGAAAGUGUCAUCGUGUCGAGUUUAUUUGAAUGAUUUUUCCUUUUUAACAAUGUAAAAUAGUAUUUCAGCAAACCAAAGCCAUAUAUGGAUUUUUUUAAGAUGCCUUAGUAGGCCAUUUUUUAAGAGAGGAAACUUGAGUAUAUAAAUUUCCAUAUCUGCUAAAAUAAAGUAUGCAUCUAAGUGGUGUUCGGCUUAUUUAAGACUUGUCAGUAGUUCUGCAAGAGUACUUGCUUAGAGAAAAGCGUGAGCAGCUUGUCUUACACUAAACUCUUAUUGGGUAUCUGCAGGUGAAGUGCUAAGAACUGAAGACUGCACUGUUUGGGGAGGUGAAGGCAGAUAUGUGACAGUGAAGCACACUGACCCGUGUUGAGCUGUUGAGAGCUAAGGAUACCAACACUAAGCACUGUUUGCCUCAGGCAUCCAAAAGGUUGUCUUGUCCUAUGCAACCUUCACCUAAUGUAGGACUAGAGCAGGGACAGUAACUUCUGUUUUGCAAUUACCAAACCCAUUUGCUAUACUUGUUACUUGGUCAACCAUCAGAAAAUGUAUGUGAAGGUUGUUGUAGUUCCCUCCCUCAUCCUUUUUUUUUUUUUCCUUUCAGCAUUUUGGUGCACAUUUUGUUCAUAGUGCAAUGAUAAUGGCAGGAUCCAAAGCCUGCUAACCUCCAGUGACAAGCAUCUUAUAUCGUGUUCAUGCAGUCUGUUAUUUAAAAAUGCUUGGAGGAAAAUGGGACUUUAAGGUAAAGCAGUGUUCAUUAGCAAGCAUGCGCUCAAGUGUUGUGCCCAGUGGGAGUUGGUUGUGGUACUUCUUGGGCCUUGGAGACAGGUAGGUUGAUAUGCUGGUGGAGGAAUAAUAUUCCUUUGUCUUAUUCAGAAGGCAUGCUGAAAGCCCUGUAUUAAAGUUAGCUCUUUAAUACUUGAGUUUUACUGUUUUAACAUCAGUUGCUCUAGCAUCUUGUAAUAAACAGCUGGCCUCGUGGUGAAACUCACCUGGAAUAAAUGAGGUACCGCUCAAAACUCCCCUCUGCUUUGUUGUUUUCUCCUCUUCUUCAGCCAAGAUGAAACCUAAACCCACUGUAGGUCUUAAUAUGUUUCAACCAUAGGAUUACUCUUUCUGUGUAUGUGUGUACGUGGCUUUCUUUCACAGGAACACAAUCCAGGUCAUAUGAACACCUUAAUUCUGAAUUUCUUCUAGGAUCUAAACCCAACUGUCCUCUUUGCCAGUCAGAGCAGAGGCUGAGGUAAAGCAUUACCUCACGUGUGAAGUUUAUUCUGGGUAUAGCUCAUUCUCUACACAGCAUUUGAACCUUUGUAAAUAGUCCAAAUAGUAAAUAGUGAGUGUAAAAUGGAAAAUAAAUGUAAUUUAAACCUUUUGUUACUCAAUACACAAAUGGUUAACUUCUACUUUUUUAACACAAAUUGUGUAAAAUGCUGCUAUAAAUUAAACUUUUUUGUGCUGUUACACUUUUUUAGGAAAAAAAAACGUUGCCACAAGUUACUCCUUAGAAAACCAACCUUGUGCCAUAUGUAAAUGCAGUGGAACUAGGGAGACGGACGUUCUGAUCUCUUAAUGCUGCUCUCUUUGAAGAGGCAUAAAUACUACUGACAAGAGGUGUGAGCUACAAAGCUGAAGACUUGUGAAAUGUUGGGUCGGGCUGUCCAUCCCUGUAUGUCCUAUUCCAGAUCACUUCCAGAAUGGGAAAGAACACAACUGUUAGGUGUCUUAGCAUAGAAGGUACUGCAGACAGCUGACCCUUGCCUUCAGUUACAAGGUGAAGGGCUGAACUUGGUGGUUUCAAAAGCAAGGCACGCUAAGCUAAAUAGCAAAGGGUGGAAUUGAGCAUUUUCUAGUACGUUCAGUGUGUGUUAAAGCUGCACCCCCCUGUUGUGUGAAAGUACCUCUGGCUCUGCAGUUACCUUCAAAAGAGUGACAGAUUCAGCUUUUUGGGCACUUACCUUUUGCUCACUUUUUUUGUUCAGUAGUCAUUUGAAUACUUUAAAUUGAGCAAACUUGUACAGGCUUUCUUGUAACAAGAUUCUAUAGAAGAUGUGAGAGCUAAAACAAGAAUCCAGAGUUCAAGUCCUUAUUCCUAAGACUGCUUCUGUCUCAGUUUCCAGUUCUUGGAAUGAAACCAAUCCAAGCUUGUAUGAGAUUUAGUGGUAAUGCAUGAUCUUAUUUUGUAACUCUCGAAUUAUGUAUUUGAUAAUAAUGUAAAAAUGUACAGUAUUGCUGUUACUAACAAACUCAGAGUUGAUUGCCUAUAAAUAUUUUGGUUAUUUUUUUUUUGGUCACACACAUUUGAGCUGUUCAGCAAUGCCAGAUGGGUUUUGAAGCAGCAUUCAUUGUAUAAACCUCUGCAGUCUCUGUGCAGCCUUCAGAAGGAAACGCUGUGAUGCUUAGUUUGACUUCCUCUCAGAGAUGAAUGUUCUGUGAAUUGGACAAACCUGACUGCAGGUAAAUUGAAAGCACUUCAGUUGUGCUGAAAGAAAACCAUUUUAGUAAAGGAGCAGUGGUCUGGCUUCAGCUGUAAUGAAAUGUGACCCUAAGCUUAACAGAAAGGGUCUGUUUAAAAAUCAGUUGGAAAGCUACAGGUGUUUUUCUAGUACCUAUCCAUUAAAAUGUAAAGCCUUUUAUUUUCUGCACAUCUCUAUUUAGAUGGUCCAAAUCUGCUGUAUAGGGAAUGGACGUGGGACUGCCCUCAUGCCAUGAAUUCUGUAAGACAUACCCAGAUUUGGUUCUCCUGAGGAGAGAGAAGUGUGUCAGCUGCUACUGUCAGAAAGCUGAGUUCAUGCCACUGCUUCCUGCAUUAAGUUCUGUCAUUACAGUGGUAGCAAAGAGAAAUUGCCUUAAAGUUUAAGAGCACACAGAAAAAAUAGUGAAGGACUGCACAGAGGCUGCUGAAGUGGAAUAUCUUAUUUUGGUGCUUACUGCACCCUGCGUUGACCUGUCAGUAGUCUGCUAACAAUGUGCUGUAAAAAAACAAAACAAGAGAAGGCAAACUCUUGGUUUACUUACCACCAUGGUUUGUGAAGUGAAAACUGAGGGGGGGGGUGGGGGGUGCAAAAUAAGUUGUAAACAUUUUGACCUGCUUGCAUGGAUUUUCUUUAAAGAUUGAUGUAAGAAUUUUGACUUUUUAUAUUUGAGAAAUACCAAAAUAAAAUCUAAAUUAGUCCUGUG